AUGAUGCCGAAUGCUGUUAACCCACUGAUGCUCUGCAUCUUUUGUCUGGCUUUGGGGCUCCUGGCCAUCGAGGCGAGAUCUCGACCCGGUGGCGACGAUCGCAUCGUGUUUCCCAAGGACGAGGAUAGUCCUUCCGUUCACUUUCACUAUCCCAAAGCCAACAUGACCAAAACUACAAGCACAACCGAGGCACCUACAACCUCAACAGUCAGAAACACAGAGCCCACCGUUCUGCCAACUACUGAGGAGGAAGACAAUGGAAACAGCACGGCUAUACCCAUCAUAAUAAAUCGAAUAUUGAUCGACACUGACAAGAAAUGCAGAGAUGGCUACGAGCUGCAUGCCCAACGCUGUCGAAAGGCCGCUUAGUAUUGUGUAGAUUCUAAGAUCAAGAAAUGUCAAUAAAUUAAAAUAUACAUAGUUCUACUUA